AUGACCAUCUGCCCAGGCCUCUGUGGGGAGUUGGCUUUGACGCCAUUCCGUGUCUUCCUUGGAACUCUCCCCACACUCGCCCUGGAGGAGCGCUUUUUGCGACAACUGCAGCCAGUGUACGCAUGGUACGCUAGUCGCAAACGCGUGAAGGAGCAGGCGAACGAAUUUAUUGAAAUUGACUUGGCCUCGUGUGAUUUGGAGCUGCUCUUGCGUUACUCGCACGUGUACUACGUGAGACGCCAGCUCUUUGACGAGGCAAUUGACAAACAGCUCACGCUUCUGGACACAGGCAAGGCACCAAAGAUGACCGACCCAGCGAUGCUGCAGUGUCUGCAUGCCUGUAAUACGGAUAUUGGUGAACGCCUGGACUACGAGGUAGGCAUGCUGCAGGCGUCAAAGAAGGCGGCCAGCGUCCCAAACAGGCGCGAGUUGGACCCCAGCCUCCCUCUGGAGAUUUACGACUACACGUGUAUGAUGCGACUGGUGGAGGAAGACGUGUGUGGGGUUGAGGAUGCUGAGAUGAAGGCACGGGCGUAUCUUCCGCGUGGCAUGGUCGAGGCGAAGGUGAAGCACCUCACGGAGAAGUUACUGGGUUCCGACGCCAAAGGGGCUUUAGAGAAGAAGGAGAUCAAGCUGCUAAACCGCAUGGUCGCACCGGAUUAUGUUAAAGUCGGAUGUGUUGAGAAACUACGCCCAUGUGAUGUGACGACGUAUUUUCGUUUUUACGGCGAGCGCAUCAACAAGGCGAGCACGGAGAGUUAUUUCAAGCGCGCCCUCUGGGGUCAUGUGUACCGUAAGUUUGCGACAGCUUCCUCUUUCCUACGAGGCAUCUCCAUGUAUUGGGCACGGUACAGCGGUUUAGACACUUCGGCUCACGCAACCAUCAUGCCGCAGGAACUCGCCGUUGCGGUUUGCAAGCAGCAAACACUUUUUCCUGCCAUCAAGUUUCGGUCGCAGUACAUGUAUGCGUCCCCUGAUUUGGCACGUCAACUCUGGCGAAGAGAUGUGGUGAUUCCACUUAUGCGCCUAUUUCCUCUGAUGGGCGCGCCCGCCGCGGAGGAUCUGGCUGCCAGCGUCCUCGUGGAUGCUUUCUGGGCGCGACUGCCCAUAAGUGAGGAGGAAAAUCUUCUUAACGACUCCCUUGUUCGCUCAGUGCGUCAGUUUGUAGACGAAACCAGCAGCAUGUACGAGGCUAGUACGGAGCUGGUGCUGAAGCGCGUGGAGGAGGGGUGUGGAUUGGCAGUGCCGCGGCUGUCAGCGGAGGAGGUGCAGCGGAUGAAUCCAACGAAAGACGAGAAAGUCGCAGAGGAGGCAGCCGCAUAA